UAAUACAUAAGUAAGAGCACUUCCUCAUAUCUGUAUACAAGCCUGUCAAUCCAUACUCUGUUCAUCACUUCCUUGAUGACGGUAAUAGAACACACACCCAAACGUCCCUCCUGUAAUAAAGAACUUGUUCAUGCAUGUAUUUUAUCCAUGCUUAAAGUACCCCAACUUCUCAAUUCCUCUCAAAUACGUUAUUCUCUAGAAGUAGGAGUAGAGUCGGAGAUGAGAGUGUCAUGGUUAAAACUAUCACUGGUUUGUCUGGUCCAGGCCGGAUCUCGUCACGUGCCGCUGUGCCGAACACCCACAGAAAUAAUUUACAGUUUUGCAAAGAGAAUCCAAGGAAAUUCUAUAAUUUCGAGCUCUUACCAUCCAAUCGAGACAGUUGCAGGUUCUCGAAUAGUUACACAAUGAUCGAUCCCUUAACCGGAAGAGGGUAAUUGGAGGCUCCACACGAAUACUCCGCCAUGUCAAAUUACCAAGGGUGAAAUCUGCGAUAAACAGCUCAUAUACGACAACACUAUGGCCAAGCAGUCAAUUUCGACUAUACAAGAAAAGAUUGUUGGCAUAGAAGCUGUUUUCUCCACACUUGGAUCAGGGGAACGGGAGAAUGCUGUGGGCUUGCUGGAGGAAUACCUGCAGAAACUCCGAGGUCAGAUCAAAACUCCGGAAUCCAGUCAAACUGAAACCCGUGCUGUGAAGGCGGAGACUGUCCCCGUGAAGACAGAGAAAGAUCAUCAGCAGGAGGAUGGAGCGAAGACGUCAGGGGACGUUUCAAAAGUCACCAAAUCCCCGGAGAAAACAGAAUGUUGCACCUCCAGUUCAUAAACCAACUGAAGAAGUUAAAGUGUCGUCGCGAGGAAGGAUGACAAAGUUGCGUCAAAGUUAUGCUGACUCUGACUGUGAGGAUGAUGUUGCUAGUUUUGAAGAUGUACCUAAACCCAAACCAACGUCCAACAAGCGGGGAAGGCCGCCUGGCACUGGGAAAACCAGACAGUCAGCUGUGGUGAAGAUGGAGGUGAAGAAGGCAAUGGAGGCAGACGAUACAGAGCCGGAUGAUAAACCUGACACACUUGGAUCUCGGAGAAGGGGAAGGAAAAAACGUAAAAUCAAAUCCAUAUUUAAUACAUCAAAAGCAAAGCGACUCUAUGUUCAAAAGAAGAAGUUUGUGUGCAAAGCUUGUGGGAUGGAGUUUAAACAUUACAAAUCAAUGGCUGUUCAUAUUCGAUCACAUGGCAACAAUCUCCUGUCCUGUCGACACUGCCAACGGGAGCUGCAAAAUGAGGUAGAACUUCUGCAUCACGACUGUCAGACUCUCUCUGCCAUCAGUUAUACAUGUCCCUCAUGCGGUGAGAAGUUCACAAAGAAAAAGCAUUGCAAGGUGCACAUGUUAGAAAAACACAACCUGAAGUACAACAAGGUGAUGGGGCGAAGCACAAAGAACAUCUGUCGGUUCUGUAACAGGACAUUUGUGAGGAAGGUGUCCCUCUUCAUGCAUUAUAAGACCCAUGCUGAGACUUCAUUUGUGUGUUUGAAGUGUGGAGAGAUAUGUGAAGACUUUGCCAUAUAUACGGAACAUAUGCUUGAACACGACAAGGCCGCAUCGUUUGACUGUGAUAAAUGUGGGGCAACGUUUGAGCGACAGCAGCAAUAUCUGCAGCAUCUGGUGGGUCACAGGAAGUAUGACUGCCCUGACUGUAACAUGUGCUUCACCCGGAACAAGGAGCUUCUGCGACACCGCCGCAUCAUCCAUGGCGACCUGCCACAACCAGAGCUGAAGAAGUUUGAGUGCUAUGUGUGUUUCAAGAAGUUUCAGCGUCCCAUGCAGUUGGAGAUCCACAUGAGGAUACACACAGGGGAGCGGCCACUAGAGUGUGCCACAUGUCAGCUGUCGCUCCGGACAACCAAGGCCCUUGCUAAACACCGACAGACCUACAAUCACUGUCUGAAGGCUGGACUCUCCACACAGGAGAAGAAGUAUCUGUGUUCAGAAUGUGGCAAAGCUUACUUCAGGAAACAGGCUCUGCAGCGCCACAUCCGUUACCACACAGGGGACAAGCCCCACACCUGCCAGUAUUGUGGCUACAAGUGUCGCGAACAGAAUAACCUCAAGCGGCACAUUGCACUUCACUUUGAGAAUCUUCGCAACUUCAUCUGUGAAGUGUGUGGUGCUGCCUUCCACGCCAAGAAGACGCUGGAGAUGCACCACAAGUACAAGCACACCGAGAUCCGGGACUUUCCGUGCCAUGAGUGUCACAUGUCCUUCAAGGCUAAGAAUGCCCUUAGGCGCCACAUCAAGACACAUGAGAAGACGAAGGACCAUAAGUGCUGGUGUGGCUCGGCAUUUGGGCGCAUGUACAAUCUCCGACGUCACAUGAGGAUGGUGCACGGCGAUGAAGAGUCACUUCCACCCGUUAGAAAAGUCGCAGUCCUUGAUGCUGCGAAUGCGAUCAAACAGGCAAUAAAAUCUCCUCCAGCCAAGAAACGAAUGUACAAACUAAAGCAAAUACCAAUCGUUACUUCUGUGACCUCUGUGGCUCCUGACCAUGAGACCAUUAUUAUGAAUGUCGUUUCGGACCAGAUGACGGAUGCAGCUCACAGCUCGCAAGCUCCCAUAUACAGCCUUCCACAGCAGCAACAGCAGCAGCAAGUAGCGUCACACAUGGGGGAGGAACAACAGCAGCAGCAACAGCAACAACAACAGCAGCAGCAGCAGCAGCAUAAUAUGGUCUAUGAAACAGUGACUAUGCAGCCGUCCAUGGUGGCAUACCAUCACAAUGCCCCUCCUCCCCCACCUAUUGGUGCAGAAACUGUAGUGGACAACCGGGCCCAACAGCAACAGCAGCAACAACAACAGCAUCAGCAGGCUGACUACUACAACAACCCAAGCAUGCUGGAAGCCCAGGCCAAUGACUACAAUAACCCUUACAUGUACAUACAGAACGUCCUCCUGCCAUCAGUAGCGAUGGCCGGGCUGCUUGAUCUGUCCCACGCUCCUCCACCCAAACAAUGAUAAACAGACAACUUUUCUCCAGAAAAAAACAGUUUCCUUCAAA